AUGCAUAUAAUUGCUUGUGUUCGUUCUGCUUCAUUAGUACCACAACGUGACUUGCAUAUCACACACGAUAAAAGAAAUGCCACUACGAAAUCCAAUGCAAUCUCAAAAGAAUAUCCAAUUGUUGACCAUGCUUACGAUGCUGUUGUGGUUGGAGCUGGAGGUGCUGGUUUACGUGCUGCUUUCGGUCUAGUGGCUGAAGGUUUUAAAACUGCUGUCAUCACAAAACUAUUUCCCACCCGAUCACACACAAUAGCUGCACAAGGCGGCAUUAAUGCUGCAUUAGGAAAUAUGGAAGAGGACGACUGGAAAUGGCAUAUGUAUGAUACGGUAAAAGGCUCAGAUUGGUUGGGUGAUCAGGAUGCCAUACAUUAUAUGACUCGAGAAGCACCAAAAGCUGUAAUUGAACUGGAAAACUAUGGUAUGCCAUUCUCACGUACACCUGAAGGCAAAAUCUAUCAACGCGCCUUUGGUGGACAAAGUUUGAAAUUUGGCAAAGGUGGCCAAGCACAUAGAUGUUGCGCUGUCGCUGAUAGAACAGGUCACUCACUGCUGCAUACAUUAUAUGGUCAAUCAUUGAGUUAUGAUUGUAAUUAUUUUGUUGAAUAUUUUGCUUUGGACUUGUUAAUGGAAGAUGGCGAAUGUCGAGGUGUUAUAGCACUAGAUUUAGAAGAUGGUAGUUUGCAUCGUUUCCGUGCCCGUAACACAGUGAUGGCUACUGGCGGUUAUGGCCGAACAUUCUUUUCCUGCACAUCUGCACACACUUGCACUGGCGAUGGUACUGCAAUGGUUGCGCGUCAAGGCUUACCUUCACAAGAUUUGGAGUUCGUACAGUUCCAUCCGACUGGUAUUUAUGGUGCUGGCUGCCUUAUUACCGAAGGCUGUCGUGGUGAAGGUGGUUAUCUUGUUAACGCCAAUGGUGAACGUUUCAUGGAACGUUAUGCGCCUGUAGCCAAAGAUCUCGCAUCACGUGAUGUAGUAUCACGAUCUAUGACUAUUGAAAUUAUGGAGGGACGCGGUGUGGGCCCUGAAAAAGAUCAUGUUUACCUGCAAUUACAUCACUUACCACCAGAGCAAUUGGCCCAACGUUUACCUGGUAUCUCGGAGACUGCUAUGAUAUUUGCUGGCGUGGAUGUGACUCGCGAACCCAUACCAGUAUUACCAACUGUGCAUUAUAAUAUGGGUGGUAUUCCAACGAAUUACAAAGGACAGGUAUUAACUAUUGAUGAGAAAGGUAAUGAUGUUAUUGUGCCAGGUUUAUACGCCGCAGGAGAAGCUGCUUGUUCUUCUGUACAUGGAGCUAAUCGUUUAGGUGCUAAUUCAUUACUUGAUUUAGUUGUAUUUGGACGUGCUUGUGCUAAAACAAUUGCUGAAGAAAACAAACCUGGUGCAACACCACCCUCACUAAAGGAUAAUGCUGGUGAAAUGUCAGUAGACAAUUUGGACAGACUACGUCAUGCAAAUGGUAAAGUAACCACAGCUGAUUUGCGUUUGAAAAUGCAGAGAACUAUGCAGGGUCAUGCUGCUGUAUUCCGUGAUGGCCCAGUUCUACAAGAAGGUUGCAAGAAAAUGGAAGGAAUAUAUAAAGAGUUCCAAGAUGUCAAAGUUAUUGACAAAUCUCUUAUUUGGAAUUCUGAUUUAGUAGAAACUUUGGAAUUACAAAACUUGUUGGCAAAUGCGAAAAUGACAAUAGUUGCAGCUGAAAAUCGCAAGGAAUCACGUGGAGCACAUGCCCGAGAAGACUUCAAGACACGUAUUGAUGAAUAUGAUUAUAGCAAACCAGUGGAUGGUCAACAAAAGAAACCAUUCGAACAACAUUGGCGUAAACACACACUUACAUGGGUUUGUGGUACAGAAGGCAAUGUUGAUAUUAAAUUCAGAAAUGUUAUCGAUAAAACCUUGGAUGAAACUGUAACAACAGUACCACCAGCUAUACGCUCCUAUUAAAACAAUGGCUAUUGUAGUAAAGAAGUUUCUUGCACUAUUUUGUAUAAAUGGGCCUAUAUACUUUUUAAACAGAUUUCGCAACGAUAUAGAUGCUUGAUCCAAGUGUCCAUUAUCAAAACAACCGAAAUUGUUAUAAAUAUUUUUUAACUACAGAUUUUUAUCCAGGAUAUGACGUCUACCUUUUGUAACUAAACUACUUAAUAUUUAUUUUAGAUUUAAAUCUUUUCAAUUGUAAAAAUUUAAUGUGCUCUGCUAUACCUCACCAUAUAUUUUUAUUUUAUAUUUAAAAAAUAUGCUCAAGUUUAAAUUCCAAAAUUAAAAUUCAACUCCAGGAAAUUGUAAUCAGUGAAAUAUUCUAUAAUUUUGUUAAAAAUCUGCAAUAUCGAAAAUUGAAAUAAAAAUUA